AUGAGUAAUUUGUUGGCAACACUGGGAAUGUUAUCGGAAAUGCCUCUAACGAUGAUUAGGUGUCGGCGCAGGUUUACGGGCGGCCGGCGUCUGGACGGCCAGACUGUGGUCAUCACUGGCGGCAGUGCAGGCAUUGGCAAAGAGGCCGCGUAUCAACUCUCGCUGCGGGCACCGAAGAAAAUAAUAAUCGGUUCGCGAAACGCGGAAAACAACGAACGGGCGGUACGGGAGCUGAUGGGCCGAAAUCCGUCGGCCAACAUAACUGCCCUCCGACUGGACUUAUCGUCUCUUCAGUCCGUCCGUGAGUUCGCUAAAGAGAUCGCCGGCACUGAGUCCAGAGUCGAUGUACUCAUUAACAACGCCGGCGUACCUGUGGUUACGGGACCGCCGGUUGAGACUGUCGACGGUUACGAACAGCAAUUGGCGGCCAACUAUUUAGGUAAUUAA